UAGCAACUACAACAAGAGAUUUGUUAUUGUUUUGCUAUCGAUGCCGCUCAGAAAUAAAAGUAUUCACGUUGUUGUUAUCAUUGUAACAUUGUUUGUACCGUGCUGGAUUAUGGUAAAUGUUGAAACAGCAAAAUGAGCAGAAAAAAUCGAAAGAUUCACGAGUUAUCGAAUACCGCGGAUGGUGCCGGUGGUACAACUACACAAUUAUUAUACGACGCACGCCGUGCACAGCUUCCAUCAUUAUCAACUUCCAGUGCUACCCACGUUGCUACCCCUGCCCCACGAAAUGGCGCUCGGAAUGUUGCAAACGAUCAAACAGAACGCGCAACGAUUCAUACUCCUGAGGCGAUUGCGAGCUUUCUUAUGCAGGUAACAGAAAAAAAGGAUCGAUGCAUAGAUUUUGACCUGCAGUACUGGUUGACGAAAUAUGUAAGCACUCGCACGGAGGCAAACUUCCCCGUGGCGGGCAUGUUGAUUAACUGUGCGGCACACAUUUACGGCCGAAAGGUGGACUACCUGAGCGACAUCGUGAUACACAUGAACGAUAAUCAGAAAUCGCGCGAAGAAAAACAGGUGUCCGAAGAAAACGGCGAGAAUUCGGAAGAGCCCGCCCAAAACACGAGCACGGUGCGAAAACGGACCGGCCGUUUUAAUCCCGAAUCACUGUCGGACUGUUUCAGUGAUUUGGAGUUUACGUGCAACGAUAAAAAGCUACUAAAGAUUGAUGAUUUGAUCAACCCACCCGUACCGGUCGAAGUGGACCGUCGGACAAAGGUUGAGCAGAUGAUGGAUCUCUGCCGGGAACUGCGCGCCAAUCCCACCCGGCAGCGACGUCAGGAGCUGCUCAAUCGGCUGCGGGAUGACGCGAACAUUGCCCCGAUGCUAUCCAGCAACGGUGUGGCUAGGAGGAAUCAAAUAUUGGACCUAGAAUCGGGUGAAACGAUCGGCACCCGGUACGACUACCAGACGCACCUAAACUACAUCGACGGGCGGACGGGUUCGCUUAGGGCCGAGCACGAUUUGAAGCGGUUCUUUCAGCGCUGCGACGUCAUCGACUUCUUAUCCGAGCAGUCCGAUUUGGAGCGAGAACGUUGCACCCGUCUAGGUAUGGCCGCGCCGGUCGAUCUGCUUUCGGCGAAGGCGCGCGAGCUAAAAAUCUUCAUGCCUCCCGAGUACCUGAAGGACCACUACCGCAUUAACGUUAACGAUACGUCCGAUUUUGACAAUGCGCUUAUACAAGCACGUGUUACCAACUACAGCUCAGAUCCCAUUCUAGCGUUGAUGAACGCUGAAGAGAGGGAAAAGCGGUACAAACAGAUUGAACAAGAGGAAGAGCACGACACAUCAGUUACAGUAAAUGAAACGAAUAAUGACUCCGGUUAUGGCAAUGAUUCCGCCAUAACUGAAGAUCCUUCAUUCAAAGAAGUACUAUCUUCAUCAUUGCUUAACGAAACACAACACAACAAUACUAGCGCAUCGCAACACGACACGGAAAAUUCCACCAUCCAAACGUCCACCGAAGAAAAUCCCCUGGAAUCGGAACUGCUAGCCUUGGAAGCGAAUACUUCAUCCCAGGCCAACGGUGAAGGAGAAAAACCGACCGGUACCGCUUCCCGAUUGAGCGUGGACGAGGGCAUCGGGGUGGACCAUGAGUCGCCGACACGCUCUCCUUCAGCGACGCUAGAGAUGGGUAAUAAAGUACUAUUCACCAGCGGAAACAUCAUUCCCCGGCAAAUGUAUAAACCACCGAACGAGAAGCUGCUCCUAAAUCUGUUCGGUUUGCCGGAGAAAACCAUCAAAAAGUCCUCCAUAUUCGCCUUACCAGUGGAAUAUCGAAAAUUGAAAGCGGACUUGACACGAAGACGCAAACAACAGGCAAUUGUUUCUAGCGAGAUAGUGUUGCACAGUCUUCAUCCGGAUGCUCCAAGAAAUUCACUCUGGGUCGAACGUCCAUCUACCCCUGAUCUGGAGGAUUUUUUGGGUUUCGAUGACGAUGAAGCACCGGAUGUGGGCAAACACGCUGUAAAAAAAUCCAACAAGUUUGAUCGACCAUCGACACCGGAGUGUGACUUCCCCGGUUUUACGGAGGAAGAAGUUGCCAUCGGUCAUAGAAACGCUCCAGCGACACUAGCGCUCGCCGCGAAAGACGUUGUAAACCUUUCGAGUCCAACUCGAUCGCCCGGCAAGCAGCGGCAAACCGGUGACGGUACGUCAUCACAGCCCGUCACCCCGUCCCGUACACUGUCGUGCGAUUCCGGCAUAUCCGAUACGGCCCCGGCUGAACGGGGGAAAGAUACUUCGGCCGGAAACUCCGGUCUCGAACCGAUCAUGAGCGAGCAUGAAGACGGCGGCUUCGACAGUUCAGAUCCCGAUCCGGAAACGACCGACGGGAGACCGCUCAAGGAGCAUACGGACGCUUCGAAUGCCCGCAUCCAGCACAGCGUCGCCGAGGCCAAGGAACGGAUCGAGAAGGUAAACGCGUGGCAUAAAAAAUUGAAACCAAUUUUGAUCGAAUCGGAACAACGGAACCAUUUCGACAUCCACGCCUACGGAACGGAAAUAAUCGAAACGUUCGAUGCGACGGAAGUUCAGGCGAACCCCGGUGACCUACACCGGCCGACGAUAACGCUCGCGACGGUGCUACAAAACAAACCCGCCCACAGUACGGCACGGUAUUUCCUGUCCAUGCUAAUGCUGGCCAACACUAACAACGUUGAAAUAACGAAUAAAAACAGCGAGCCGUUACGAAUAUCGACCGCGGAAGAAAUAGAGCUGCGUCUGCUCAGCAGAAAGCGACACCAUCAGCAGAUGAUGGCACGGAAGCGCAAAUUGAUGUCGAGUGCAGGUCAGGAAGCGACGGACGAGCCAGAAGCGAACACAACACCACAGGUAGCUUUCCGGCCGGAUCCGAUGGAAAGACUUGCACCAGACACUGCCACCGUCGGUAACUUCAUGGAUAGCGUGGAGCAAGUGUACUCCGCCCUCAACAGUGAGGAAUCGAAGCGGAAACGGUUAGCGUUCCGUCGAGGCAUGCGGAAUCGUGCGUACGGGAUCCAGGAGGAAAAGGAGGGCGAAGCAACGUCAUCUGGGACCUCGACAAAAAAACCACGAACGGGUGAACCACCACCCCCUCCUCCUCCUCUCGUAGCGAAACCGCAACCUGCACCACCGCCAGACAACAUCGAACCCUUCGUGGAAGACGAAAUUCUACAGGUUGAUUUGUCCACACAUCACGCAAUGUUCAUAUCCGGACAACGAGAGUCUCACGAUGGGUGUGCACAAAGUGUGUUCUCAUUCGCAGAAUCUGGGUACGAGUCGAUGAUAAGUGAUAAGUGAGUUUGCUGGCAACAGGCGAGUUUUAAACCAGUGCACAGUAGUAUAAUUACACCUGUACAAAGCGUAUAAUAAGAUAGUACGAAACAGAGAGAUAGAGAGAGAUGCGCAUUGGCUCGGGCAGUUCUAAGUGCAUUAUAGUAGGAACUAUAUUUAACCCACAGAAUGUGGGUAACGCGCUCGAUACAAAGUUUAUAACUCUACUAGACACAUGGAGAUUCCUUCAUUGCCGUAUUGAUGGCAAACCUGAGGCUCCGAACCGGAGGCAACGAUACACAUCUUAGCUUGUUUCCUUCGACGACUAAAGUACAAAGUGUCAUCCGAUCACUAUUUUCAUCAUCCAUAAAAUUAGUCUUACGCAACACAUGCUGCUGCAGUGGAAUCGGUAAACGAAUGCCAGUUUUUUUCCUCCACUUACAACCAGUGCAACCGAUCGCACUUACAGGGGAUUCAAUUUUUUGUCGAAACUCGAAUCUAGCAUUUUUUAUUCUAUUCUGUUAUACCCUAGCUGUAUUUUUAGUAAUCGCAUGGCGAUAAACGAUAAGGUUAAAUUCAGCAUAAUGAAGGAAACUAAAUUUUCACAGUUUUCGUAUCACAAUAUUUUCCUUUCAACAUACAAUCGAGGAGCGUAAGGUUUUUUAUAGUUUUUUUUUAUAUUGGAGACGAGUGCAAACAAAAUUUAAAAAUUAAAGUACUAGUUUUUAUUGCAACACAUAGGACAUACUUAUUCUCGAAACUUAUGUAUUUUGUAUGCGUUCAUUUUUCUUAAGCUUAAUUAAUUUCACUCAUUGCUGAGUACAAGGAAACCGCGUCCUGUAAAUAUAUAGUUUUAUAGAUAAUUUAAUGUUGUUUUUCUAAUGAUCAACU